CAAAACUGUAUAAAGUCAGGGAGAGGUUUACCCCAGAACACACUCAACAUUCAACCUUACCAACCAACAUUCAACAAGAUUCAGACUCAAGGCUGUACAGGUAUGAAUCUGUCUACUUUACUGGUAGCCAUUGGGCUUUGUGUGUUGCUAGGCUGGUGUGAUGGCUCAGAUGAAAGCCCUGGUCGACCUUUCAUACUAGAAGCUAUUGAGGAGGCCAAGAAGAUUGUGGAUGAGGCGUACAAGUAUUCACGUGAAGAGAGUUUGAGGAGAGUGCGCAGGGAGGACAUCCGUCCCUCAGAUAUUCUGCGACUGAUGAAGCAGCCAGCACGGGAUACCCGCAAUGCAGUGCGGGCCGCUGAUACCAUGGACAUCACCCUGGGGCUCAUCCACGAGAAGGCCCAUCACAUUCACAAGAGAUCCAUCAAUGCCACAGACUUGAUCACAGAGGACGAACUCCAGCUCAUUGUGCGUCUCACAGGCUGUGCUGGCCGUGUCCAGUCCCCAUCGUGCAGAACGACACCCUUAAUCAACAAGUACCGCACUGCCACCAGCCUCUGCAACAACAAGAAAAACCCAAGACUCGGAGCUUCAAACACACCUUUUGCCAGAUGGCUCCCAGCUGAGUAUGAAGAUGGCAUCUCUCAGCCAAAGGGGUGGGACCGGAGUAGACUGUACAAUAAUGUCCUGCUCCCUCUGGUGAGAGAGGUGUCCAACCGUAUCCUGAGCACCACUGACAAUGGCGUUGAGAGUGACAAUGAGUUAUCAUACCUGGCGACGAUCUUCGGUCAGUGGAAUGACCAUGACCUGACUUUCACGCCGACCUCGCCGAGCAUACGCUCCUUCAGCAGUGGCCUGAACUGUGACACCAGCUGUGAACAGUCCAAUCCCUGUUUCCCUAUACCGGUCCCUAGCAAUGAUCCCCGACUGCCCCAAGACGGCUGCAUUCCAUUGUUCCGUUCGGCUCCAGCCUGUGGCUCCGGAAAUACUGCCUUUAUGUUCGGCGGACAGGCCAAUGUGCGUGAGCAAAUCAAUGCACUGACGGCCUAUGUGGAUGUUGGCCAGAUGUACGGCUCAGAUGACAGCCUGGCUCGUCAUUUGCGCGACCUCACCAAUGACGGAGGUCUGCUGCGUGUCAACGACAGGUUCCGCGACUCAUCAGGCAACCGCGAGCUGCUGCCCUUCUCGAGCGUGGAGGGAAACAUGUGCGCUACACGCAAACACAUCACCAAUGAUACCACUGCUGAGGAAGUACCCUGUUUUGUGGCGGGUGAUUUCCGUGUUGAUGAGAACAUUGGCCUGACAUCUCUGCACACUAUGUUCUUGCGGGAGCACAACCGUUUGGCCCGGGCCCUGCGGCAGCUCAACCCCCACUGGAGCAGUGAGACACUCUACCAGGAAGCCCGCAAGAUCCUGGGUGGCUACCAUCAGGUCAUUGUGUACCGUGACUACCUUUUGCACAUCAUUGGCCCAGAGGCGCACAACCGUUAUCUGGGCACAUACUCUGGCUACAACGACAGUGUGGACCCAAGCAUCUCCAACGUGUUCGCCACUGCUGCCUAUCGCUUUGCCCACAACACCAUCCAGCCUCUGAUGUUUCGUCUGGAUGAAAACUACCAGGAUCACCCCCAGUUUCCCAGCGUGCCCCUCUUCAAAGCCUUUUCUACCCCAUGGAGGGUGGUCUUUGAAGGUGGUGCUGAUCCUCUGAUCCGGGGCCUGGUGGGGAGACCGGCUAAGCUAAACACCCAGGACCACAUGAUGGUGGAUGCUCUCCGGGAGAAGCUCUUCAAGUUUACCAGUCGCCUGGCAUUAGACCUGGGCUCCCUUAACCUCCAGCGAGGCCGAGACCACGGCCUACCUGGCUAUAACACAUGGCGCCGGUUCUGUGGUCUCUCCACUCCUAAGACACAGGCAGAGCUGGCUCAGGUCUUGAAUAACGCAGACCUGGCCCGUCGGCUCCUGGAGCUGUAUGGAUCUCCUGACAACAUUGACAUUUGGCUUGGCGGUGUGGCUGAGCCUUUUGUCCCUGGUGGCCGUGUGGGACCCCUUUUCGCCUGCCUCAUUGCCAAACAGUUUCAAAAUGUUCGCGAUGGGGACAGGUUGUGGUGGCAGAACCAUGGGGUGUUCACAAGGGCACAGAAGACCUCGCUGGCCUCUGUCUCCCUGGCCCGCAUCAUCUGUGAUAACACAGGCAUUGGAGAUGUGCCCAGCAACCCCUUCAUCUUUAGACCCCGAGGUUCAGGCUACAUCAAAUGUGAUGACAUCCCCCCAUUCGACCUCCGUCCAUGGUUGGAGACAGAUCCAGACACAGAGCCUAUCCCAGGGCCCCCAGGACCACGCGGACCACCAGGGGAACGAGGUCCCGCAGGGUCCCAGGGUCUAAGGGGUCCCCCUGGGCCCCCUGGCAGCAGCAGCCAGCAGCCCCGUUCUGCUUUCUCUGUCAGCCUCGGGGGCUCCAUCCCCUCCUCCAGCAAUGUCCUCCGCUUCCGCCGGGUCACCUACAACGGCCAGAACCACUACAGCACAGAGACAGGCAGGUUCACUUGCCAGGUGUCUGGCGUCUACCAGUUUGAGUUCUUCUGCACGGCGUUCCAGACCGUGGGCAGCGUGCAGCUGAGGCGAAACGGGUCGGUGGUGAUGACCGCCUUCUCUUCCUAUGUGGACGGUCGGAUCAACUACACCGGGGACACUGUGGUGCAGCUGGGGCAGGGGGAUCAGGUGUGGCUUGAGGCCACCCAAGGGGGAUCUGGACUUCUCUCAGAGAGUUUCUUUUCUGGACACAUCCUCUUUACAGUCUGAGGGAAGAAGAAAACAUUCUGCAUUCUAUAUCACGCACACAGGCAUGUUAAAAUAAUCACUAGCACACACAGGCAUGUAAAUAUUUUCACGAGCGUGUUCCAAAAGAACUACACCACAUACUCUCAUUAUUGUUUUUAUAAUUGAUCAUCUGAAACCGCACAGAAGAGUCUUUGUGAGAGUCUGAUCUUGUGUUGUAUUUGUACUUACUGCAUGAUACUUGUUGUUCACAUGGGCACACAUGGUUGGCCAUCUCUCAUUACUGUCCAUGCAUUGUGGUAAUUAUUUAGAAAUUAUACUUGCAAAUAUGAUGCUGAGAUAUGUUAUAAAUUAGGAUGGAGCCAUAUGAAUUCUGUUUAAUCUGGUCUGAGAAGUGGAUUCUGAAUGUAUUCUAAUUCACAGAACCUUUGAUAAAGGUUGAACACGGUAACAGUACAGGUUAUAUUUAGUGUAGCACUUUGCUUGUUUUGAAAGAAAAAUGUAAGAAUUACCAUAUGGACAUCCUCUGAUAUGUUGAAUUAAAUAAAAUGUUAUUAUUAUUA